UAGGGAGGGAGACAGAAAGGGCAGGAGGGGCAGCAAAAAAAAAACUCUCGCACACACACGCGCACACACACACACACGCACACAAUCCCACAUAGAUCUUCAAAGCCAACUGGUCUUCAUAGACUGGCAAUUAGCUAAAGAGAUCACAUCUGGGGCCCCAGGCAGGAUAAAUAAGGUGAGAAGAGUAUCACAGCUCCAGUGGCUCUAGAGCACAGAGCAGCUUAAAGACCAGCGCUACCACACGCGCUCGCUCGGAGAGAAGAGCAGAGAGCACAGGGGAACUCUAACACAGAGCGGAGACCAGACCAGCGCUACCACACGCGCUCGCUCGGAGAGAAGAGCAGAGAACGCAGGGGAACUCUAACACAGAGCGCAGGGAAGCUCUAACACAGAGCGGAGACCAGACCAGCGCUACCACACGCGUUCGCUCGGAGAGAAGAGCAGAGAACGCAGGGGAACUCUAACACAGAGCGGAGGGAAGCUCUAACACAGAACGCAGUCCAGACCAGCGCAGACCAGCGCAGACCAGCGCAGCACCAGCACAGCACCAGCAGCACCCCACAGCGACUCUUCAGCAGGACAGACUCCAGCAGGGCAGACUCCAGCAGGGCAGACUCCAGCAGGACAGACUACAGCCAGGAUUACCAGACUUUUUCUCCACCCUUCGGCCAGGAUUCUGCGCUGCUUCUUUCCCCGGUCCCAUCCCGGGGUGUGUGUUUUUUUGAGGAGGUGCUGGAGCGGGGGAGCGGGGGAGCGGGCGCGGGGCAGGGGGGCCGUGUGGAGCACCAGCCCACCCCAGCGGAGGCUCGCUGAGUUAUGGAUGUUGACGCAUUCCUGGUCUGGGACGCCAGGAGCGGAACCGGCUGGGGAGCGAGCAGCAGCAGCAGCAGCAGCGGCGACAGCGACGGUCGCCACGGUCGCCACGGAACCCCAGGGCCGCGCCCGCCGCCCUGUCCAGCAUGCCCCUGAGCCCCGGUGCCCCGCCCGCCCCCCCCGCGCCGGGACCAUGCGCGCUCGGACAGUGAGGCAGGGCUCCUGGACCCGGCUCUCCUACCUGUGCCUCCUGCUGCCGCUGCUCCUCUGGUCCCUGCCCCCCCCCGCCGCCGCCGCCGCUGCCGCUGCCGCCGCCCGGGACCCCCGCCACCCCGCCAUGCGCUCGCCCCGCGUCGCCAACGGCAACGCCUCCGCCGUGGUGGGGAGGCACGUGCGCAGCUACAACCAUCUCCAGGGCGACGUGCGCCGCAGGAAGCUCUUCUCCUUCCAGAAGUUCUUCCUCAGGAUUGACAGGAGCGGGAGGGUCAACGGCACCAAGAGCAAGGACGACCCGUUCAGUAUACUGGAGAUUAAGUCCGUGGAGGUGGGGGUCGUGGUCAUUAAAGGGCUCAGCAGCAACUAUUACCUGGCCAUCAACAAGAAGGGGGACCUGUAUGGAGCGAAGGACUACGUGACGGACUGCAACCUGAAGGAGCGCAUCGAGGAGAACGGGUACAACACCUACGCUUCGGCCGAGUGGCGGAACAGGAAGAGGCCGAUGUUCGUGGGCCUGAGCGCCAACGGGAAACCCAUGAGGGGCAAGAAGACCCGGCGGAAAAACACCGCCACACACUUCCUGCCCAUCGUGGUGUAGCCGGGGUGUAGCCGCGGUGUAGCCUGGGUGUAGCCAGGGUGUAGCCGGGGAGUCGCGAGGGAGCCAUAACUCCCACCGCAGCGUCACCAAGGCAACCCACGGACAGCGGCGUCACCAAGGCAACCCACGGACCGCGGUGUCACCAAGGCAACCCACGGAAUGCGGCGUUACCAAGGCGACCCACGGACCGCGACGUCACCAAGGCGACCCAUGGACCGCGGCGUCACCAAGGCGACCCACGGAAUGCGGCGUCACCAAGGCGACCCACGGAAGCUCCUUACCUUUUACUGCACUGAAAGAAAGUCUCGGAACCGUAAAGAAAUGCAAAUAUUUUCUCCAGACAUUUUUAUUUUAUUGCAAAGAGGCACUAUUUAAAGGAACAGUUUGAACUGACGCCGAUUGAGGCUGAUUGAAGUCAUUCUGUCGUUAUUAAGUUAUGACCAGGCACAGAAGAAAAUAUAAGAACUCUUCCUGUGCCAAAUCGCUCAGAAGUAAUCCAACGUUGGACUAAACGGGGAAUGGAUAAAGAGGGUGAUUCUGACAUGAUUCCAGCGUUACUGCUCAGACUGACAAAGGGAACUGUUUGUGUGCAUAUUUGAGGGUCAUCCUUGAAAGCAGGUAUUUAUGCUAUACUCACAUGAAGACUUUUUAGUCGCAUUCAAGCUUAGUAAACCAGUCACCAGAAGCACUUGGAUGAGGAGCAGGGAUGUGGCGCUGGGGAAAGGAAUUAGCCGAAUUUAAGAGUUUAUAGUCACAUUAGCACCAGUGGUUAGUUAGCGCCAACAUAACAACUAACAACAUUAAUAAGCAAAGCCACUGUAUGGGAUUUGUCAAUUUCUCUUUCUGACUGCUUUUGAAUAAAUUAUUUAUUGUAUGUAAUAUUUAAUGAAAUGAGAAAAGAAAGAAAAAUGUGGACAAAUCUAUUUCAUUUAUGCCGCUAUUCAUCUUCCCCAAAUACAAUCUUUUAACAUUAAUAACAGACAAAUAAAUGCAUCUCACUUCCAUUCAGAAUAGGUAAGAUUUGCACCUUUUUACAAAUACUUCCGAAACACUUGGCUCUUGAAUAAAGUAUCUUGAAAUAUGCUAACUCGAUGAAACUGUUUUUCAUAAAACUCAUAACACAAUGCUUCUGAAAGUUAUACAGGUUACUGUAAAUUGUGAUGUGCUUGGGAUAUUACAGUAACAUACUGUAAAGCUCACAGUUUGCUUAAGCAGGUGAAAGUCGCAGUUGUUUGAUAAUGUCCCUUAUGGGAGGUUCAGCAACUAAAUACACGAUGGAUCAAUGAGUACCUAGCUGAUUUUAUGUUAAGCACGUUUCUUUUCUAAAUUUCGACCAGCGAGUAUAAGUAUUGAAACAGGAAAAUAAAGAUAGAGAAGAUGACUCUUCAUGCAAACUCAAAGACACUAGCUUACUGUGCAUUGCAGGUGUUUGAAAUGACAAUGACACUGCGAGACACUUAAUAAAAGACUUCAGGACAGACCUGGCAUACAACCAUGAUUUCAAAGGCUAUAUUAAAAUAUGGAUGCUGCCAUCUAUUAUAAUGUUUUUAUGUAUCUGUCUAAUUUUAAUUAUUUGGAGACUGGUUUCCCAUAUUUUUAUGGUACAGAUAAGAUAUUUUAUCAUAGAGUGAACAUAUAUAUAUAUAUAUAUAUAAAUAUUAACUUUUUGGAUUGCUGGUGUUAAAUGGAUCCUGUCUAAGUUAUUGUUAUAUAUGUAUGUCUCCGCCAGCACAUCCCUCUACUGUUAACCAAAGCUACUCAGACUGUGUCGGAUCUGCGCGGUAUUGUGCCCCUGGGAUGAGACGGUAGCGCGUUCAUCUCCGGACGGCCUUCUCUAACGGUUCUCUGGUGUCCUGCGC